AUUAAGUUUAGCCAGUUGUCGUUGGCACGGCCAGUGUGUCAAGAUCAUUCAAACUAUCGUCUUGCAUAUACUACUCGAAAAGAAAUCAUUCAAGAAGAAAAGUUAAUAAGGAUUCGAUUAAUAAGUGAAAUUUAUUUUGAUAUACUUUCUUUUUAAUUGAGUAUUACUAUUACUAGUAUUUUGUGUACUCUUGUCUACGUUCAACGACAAAAACAAUUACAACAAUAACAACAACAACUUAAAGAGUGUAUUUCGUAAAGGAAAACGAGCGGAAAGUGAACGACAGGUGAAUUCGACAAGCUUAAAAGAGAAACGCCCUUCGACUGGAGAAGGAUGGAGAGAAGAAGAAGAAGAAGAGGGGGGGUGACAGUGGUAACAGCAACGGUGGUGGCUCUGGUCACGGCCUUGCUGAUGGUGCAGGGUGUGGUGGGUGAAGCCACGAGUAAUCCUCUCCGUGCCUCCCACCUCACCCUCGAUCAAUACUCCCCUUCACCCCCGUACCACCAUGGACUGUUCGGGUUUUACGGAAGAAGAAGCAACGACGACGGAAGCUCAGAUGAGAAUGACUACCAACAACAACAACAACAACAGAAACUGCAGCAACUGCAGGGGUUGCAACAACGACAGUACCUAGUUAACCGGAAGUUCGAGGACGAUUCUGUAAUCUAUCGAUCGAUCGAUGAUCGUCAUAAUCGACGCGGCUCGAUCGUUUCGAUCUCGGUCAAUGAUUAUCCGAUAAGAAGGAAAGCUUACGAUAAGGAUAGUACCGGAGGAAGAUCGAAAAAUGUUGGUGGUAGGAAAGAAUUCGAUGAGAAUAAAGGUAACAAUGAUUACGUAGUUCCGCCAAGCGAAAUGGACGAGCCCUUCGUGGCGGAUGAAACGUUUAAGGACGAGGGUCCUGGUUCUGUGGAGAUAUACAAAUUGGAUUUGUUCGAGGAGAAGAAACCUCAAGUUGGUCUGACGUCGAAUGCAAAGGGAGCAAUAGUAGGAAAUUUGUUGACGGGAUCGUUAGCAGCAUUACCGACACCGGUGACUACGACGACAUCGGGGACGAUGAAAACGAGUAAUAACAAAAGUAAGGUGCCGAAAAAAAGUUUUCGGCACGGUUGGAAGCUUGAAAAAGCGUCGAGUGGGCCGUUCAAGUCAACGAUGAUAACUACGACUACGAGUGGUAAGAGCAAUAAGGACGAAAAGGACCUUCACGGUGGAUCGAAUUUCUUGGAUUCGGAAUUAAGGUCGGAAGUACCGACUAGCGUCGAAGCUUUCGGGGUGGGAGGCGUGCCCGAGUUACAAGUUGGUUGCGAGGGUCUGGAAGCUGCUGGUGGUGCUUCUCCCUUUUCCUCCUCCUUUUCCUCCUCCUUUUCCUCCUCCUUUCCUUCAUCGUCUUCUUCCUUUUCCUCGUCGCCUUCUUCUUUAAAACUGAAAAGAUCCGUCGAGAAUACGAACGUACGAACCGACGGGGGACGUAAGGUCGAUCAUCCAGCUCCGUUAAACGUCGUUCCGAUAUCCCUUAAUCUCGACUACGAUUUAUCUGCCGAGAGUUACGAGGAAAUGGACGAGCUUUUGAAACUGAAAAAGUUUGAGAACGAGCCAAAGAGAAAUAAAGAGAAUCGGGGGGACAUAGAUGCGACGCUAGAUGAUUUUUUGAUUAAGGAUAGAAAUGUUAAAGAGAGGUUACCGGUAAGGGGCGACCUUGGCAAUUGGGCCGAACCGACAGGGGAAUCGAUUAAAAGGGAUAACGACGACUCGAAAGUUAGAAGGGAAAGGAGUUCAGGAUCCGACGCAGGGACGAGUGGAUACGUUUCGAGUUUAAAGGGUCCUUCUCGAAAGUUACUUUGGCACGACACUGACAACGAACAAAGGGAAUCCGAUUUAUGGGGUUACGGGGAAGACGAAGGCGUAGUGUCCAGCGACGAAUUGGAUACCGAACAAAGAAGACGACAUAGAUUGGAACAUAGAAGAGAAGAAAAGAAACAAACUAAUGAUACCGUCAAUAGUCAAAUCGAUAAGAUUAGAGAGGACUACGAAAGAUCGUUGGAACAGCAAAGACGAAAGCAAGAGGAAAUAUUGCGUAGGUUUAAGGAACAAGAAAGGAGAAAAUAUGACGAGGAUAGAAUGAGAAUGGAAGAAUUGCGUAAACGAGAGGAAGCAAGAAGACGAGAGGAUGAACUUCGUAGGAGAAAUUUCAUGCCGGAUGACAGAAGGGAUUUUGAUAAUAGACGAAGAGAGUUGAUGGAAAGGAGAAGAUUGGAGGAAAAGGAAGAGGAGGAAAGAAGGAGACAAAUCGAAGAGAAUAGAAAAAGAAACGAAGAUAUGCAACGUAGGAGGCUGGAAUAUCCUCCACCAUUGAAUUGGAUAGAUCGGGCUAGAAACGUAAGUAGGGAAGAGGAGGAACGUAAUCGGGCUGUUCAAGAGCAAAAAUUAUACGAUUAUGAAAGAAGAAGGCAAAUGUUGGUGGAGGAAGAGAGAAGGAGGAUGGAAGAAGAAAGAAGAAGAAUGGAGGAAGAAAGAAGAAGAAGAAUGGAAAUAGAGAGAUCGAGAAGUAGAGAACGAGAGGAAAAACGAAAGCUGGAAGAACGAAAGUUGGAAGAACGAAAGUUGGAAGAUUACGUAAGGAGGAAUCAACCGGUCGAUGUUAGAGCCGAUUGGCAAAGAGGAAACGAGUGGAACGUUUCUCAAAGAUGGAAGGAGGUACAAGAGCAAAGGAAAGCGAUCGAGGCUAUCAGGCAAAUGAAUAGAUCAAAUAGAUACCCUUUAAGUUCGGGAUAUGAAAGAAGACAGCACGGUCCGUCUGCUCCGACUUACGUCAAUCCUAGAAGCUCCUUGGACGAGGCUAGAAGAAGACAAGAGGAAGAAUAUCGACGACAACUGGAAGAAGAACAAAGACGUAGAAUGCUCGAGGAGGAACGAACAAGAGAGAUUGAUAACAGGAGGGCACAAUCGAGAAGAUACGAAGAGGAAAGAAGGAGGAUCGAAAACAUCAGGUUGCAAGAAGAAAGAAGAAAACAGCAAGCGAUCGAGGAUCAAAGAAGACGUUCAGAAUAUUCGGUUAGAGUUAGACCGAAUCCUGUUACAUCGGCUCCAGCUUUUUUGACCGACAGAAGGGAGGAUACUGAAAGAAUGAGGGAACGACUGAGAGAACGGGAAAGAGAACAACAGAGGAUCAGGGAGGAACAAGAAAGGAAAAGACAAGAAAUCAUACGACGGCAGCAGCACGAAAACAGCGCUAAAACUCAAUGGGACAGAGAAAAUUACAGAAGAGUUAUGACAGAACAGCGCAGGCGGCAAGAAGAAAACAGAUUGAACGCGUUACCAGUCAGCGCAAGUAUAAUAGUUCGCAAAGAAGGAUCCUCUUCUUAUCCUGCGUUCAAUUCGAGAAACAAAUUUGUAUUCCCGGAUCAAUACAACAAGAAUACAAAGGUGGCUCAAUUUCCAUCAAUUUCUAGAAAAACAACAACCGGUCCUAAUCCUUGCAUUUGGGCUGUCGUUCAAUGCUGUCCAGUCAACGCGAAUCGUCUUCUAAACUGUUUUGAAUCACUCGGUUGUCCUGGAGUCAAUUGGAAUCCUAAUCCCUGCAGAGCAGAAAUCGAGGAUGCUGCGAGAGAUGAGGUUAUGCGAUUUUACAAUUCCAAUCAGGGAGAAGAAAAUUAUAAAUAAAUGACACACCACCGAAACUUUGGUAAAAUCGAAUCAACUUUUA